AUGUUGAUCAAGCCAAUUACUGAAACCAGGACCCCUCGUCAUACGUUGGAUGACGAAGAUAGUAAUGCAAAGCCAAACCCCAUCCCUGAGGUCAGAAUAUCCUUGAAUGAUACAGGUGCAACGUAUGACUACGUAUUGAUAGCCCCACAGACCAUAAGUUUGAUACAGGAUCAAUUGCCGAACAAAUUGAAUGUGGGAACAAUAACUGUGGAUUAUCCAAACUUGAUUAAAGAGUUGUCAAAAGAGGAACAAAAUGAUUACGAUGAAGAUGAACAGUUAUAUGUUGCUCUUGAGAACGAAGCCUUGAAAAACAGAUUCAAGAAAGAAGAAAUUUCAGUAUACUUGUCUAAUGGUGUCUUGUCAAUAGUGGUGCCGCAUUUCGCAAACACGAUCACCUACAAUGUCCUUGCAAGACAAUUGGUUCAGCAGUUGAAGCCACUGAAAAGCUGGAUACUAUUAGCUCCGUCCAACUUGAACAACAAUCAAUCAAUAAACAAAUUACUUUUGGAUACAGGGACCGCCUUCUCUGUGUUGUCGCAAGUUCCAGUAUUGAGACCACCACAUUCUAUAACUGGUAUCACUGCUGCCGUUGUUUCCCAAUUAAACUUGAUAGGUGCAACUAAUGUCAUCACCUUGGUGUUGAAUUCAGAAGGACAUUUGGGCUAUGAAAAAUCAGACAACGACUCUAUAGUCCAUACCGCGUACGUAUUGGGUGAUAUUAUCCCCAUCGAUAAAGAACAAUAUGUGAAGAACUUAAGUGCAAGAGUGAGAAAAUUCAAUGGGUACUCAAAUUUGGGCAUAUACAUUUAA